AUGCUUGUUCAGCAGCUAUCGAGCAAGGUCUCUACCAGCUACUUCCAGCGGUCGCCCAGGCUCCGCAGCCAGCACCUCUCCCGUUCUCGCCGCUCCUUCGCCACCUACGCAAUGGUGAACGUUGAGCAGCUCAAGGGCGCCAAGGCCGCGUGCCUGAAGCUCGUCGCCGAGAAGAACUGCGGCCCUAUCCUCAUCCGCGCCGCAUGGCACGACGCCGGUACCUUCGACAAGGCUAUGGGGCUUGACAAGUGGCCGACCUGCGGCGGCGCGAACGGCUCCAUCCGCCACGAGGUCGAGCUCGGCCACGCCGCGAACGCCGGCCUGGUCGGUGCCAUCAAGCUCCUGCAGCCCAUCAAGGACCAGUUCCCGGAGGUCGGGUGGGCCGACCUCCUCCAGAUGUCGUCGGCCUGCGCGAUCGAGGGCAACGGCGGCCCCGCGAUCCCCAUGCAGUACGGCCGCGUCGACUCGGGGGGCCCCGAGCAGUGCGUCAAGGAGGGUAACCUCCCCGGCGCCAAGCCCCCGUUCCCGAACAACGAGGCCACGCCCGCGGAGCACCUCCGCAACGUCUUCCACCGCAUGGGGCUCUCCGACAAGGACAUCGUCGCGCUGUCCGGCGCGCACACCAUGGGCCGCGCCUACUCGGACCGCUCGGGCGCGAACGACAAGCCGACGACGCGGCACACGGAGAAGGGCGUGCCCGCGGACGUGACGCCCAAGGGCGGCGAGACGCCGGGCGGGCAGUCGUGGACCGCGGACUGGCUGAAGUUCAACAACCACUACUUUGUCGACGUGAAGGAGCGCCGCGACGCGGACCUGCUCGUGCUCCCGACGGACGCGUGCCUCUUCGAGGACCCGGGCUUCAAGCCGCACGCCGAGAAGUACGCCGCCUCGCAGGAGGACUUCUUCAAGGAGUACGCGGAGAGUCACAAGGCGCUGUCGGAGCUCGGCGUGAAGUGGGAGGACGGCGCGCCGGUGACGAUCUGA